GCAGCAACUAUAUUAAUGAUGCCAGUUGUGGUCAUUAGUAUCUCAAACAACUUUGCAGCAAAUAAAAUUUGAAUCUUGGUUAUAAAUUUCCUCUCAUGGUCAGCACUAGUUACACAGAGAGGGCAUAAAAAUUGGAUCUUGACAACUAUAUUUCGUUUUCCGAUCAAUUUUUUCGACGACAUUUUCAUGGUUAUGCUUCUUUGGAUCUGGGUUUUCUUGGUUUAUCCAAAAGCUACUUCCCCUUUUUCACUUUUAUAUUAGCACCCCAUCAUCAUAAGGCAUUUGGUUUAUGCUGCUUGUUAAUGGAUUCUUUUUCAACAAAAAAAUUAAAAACAUUACUUUGUUGUGUGUUCUGUAGCUGGCCUCCUCAAUUUUUAUGAUUCUUUCUUUGCUAAUAUACCUUUUCUCAUUUGCUUGAUUUCUGUAUUUUAGGGGAAAAUUUAUGGGCUUAAGUGAAGAGAAUUGCUUCUGACACACUGAUUUAAUAGUAGCAUUUUGUGUUGGAAAUCCAGAGCCAUUUUGAGAUUUUUGGGUUAGGAAUUCACUGCCAGUCAGUUGUAAAAAUUGGGAGGAAAGAGUAGAAAGUGACUGUAUCUAUGAAAGAAAGGGAAAUUGUGAUUAAUAUUGAGAACUGUAUAGAAAGUAUGAAUCAAGAAGGUGGGGUUUCUCCCAAUUCAGAGGUGUGUGGUAUUCCUAUGAAUGUAGAUGCAUUAGCCAAUGGUGAAAGCUCAUUAAGCCCUUUGAGAAGUGCCAGGGAUGGUGGUGGUGUUUCUCCCAUUUCGGAGGGGAAAACGAGGAAGGAGAGGCGCUCGAAGAUGAGUGCCAAGAAGCCUCCUCGGCCUCCCAGAGGUUUGUCGUUGGAUGCUGCUGAUCAGAAGCUGAUCAAGGAGAUCUCCGAGCUUCUUAUGAUGAAACGUGCUAGGAUCGAAAGGAUCAAGGCGUUGAAGAAGGCGAAAGCAGCAAAAGGGAUGUCUUCAUCGGCUUCCUCUGCUGGCAACUUUAUAGCUAUGCUCUUCACACUUCUGUUCUGCAUUGUCAUCAUUUUCCAGGGGUGCCAUCCUUGGGGGAAUUUUACGAGGAACAGCUCAGCCGUAGGCGACCCUAUUUCACCGAUGUCGGAUGGAGCGACAGAGGGCAACGUUCUUGCCCUUAAGGAAACACAAAAUUUGUCUAGCGGUAGUGUGCAUAUGUCUUAUGAAGUUGGAUCCCCAAAUCUACUGGUUCGUGGCUCAGAUAAUAAGGCCGAAGGUGGAAGAGCCAUCCAUUGAUACGACAGUUUCUGGGCAUUGAUCGCGUCCAGUCCAACAUUGAGAUUAUACGAUGCUAGGUGUGCGCGAGCACAUCAGGGUACAUAAUGCAGUGUGCGCGCUGCUUUACGUGUAGCUAGGUAAUAUUACCUGGCUAACAUCAAGGGAAGGCCAGGGUUGUGUGUUGAGGGAUUUUGUCUGAUUUCUGGGAUAACUGCUUCUGGCAUUAAGGAAUUCCAUGUGCUUAGAUCCAGGAAAUAAGCUAUGUACAUUUAUGUAUGUCUUAUACUUUAAUUACUGUAAUUUGUUACUACUAAUAAGAUUUCAGCAGUGUUGACUUGCUUUA